CUUAGCGUCACCGUGGCCCUAGCAACCGCAGCACCCGCCCAGCGGUGUCCUGCAGAAAGCGCUCCGGGUAGGGCGCACAGAGCGGAGGUAGUGUGGACCGCGAGUUCGGCGUGGAGCAGUGCACCUAUAACAAAUGUCUUAGAAGCAGAGCAUUUUGGUUUAAAGAAAGAAUGGCUCUCAGUCCAUCUGUAUUCCCUCAAGAAAGUGAAAAAAAUCAUGAAAAUUGUGUGGAAACGAAACAAUCACAAACUGCUUCCGUCGCUUCAGAAGACCCGCUUCAGAACUUACGCUUAGCAUCUCAGGAAGUGCUUCACAAGGCCCAGCGGAGUGGGAGGUCACGCUGCCUCCAAUGCGGUGGCUCAAGGAUGUUCUACUGCUACACCUGCUAUGUCCCGGUGGAAAAUGUGCCCACCGAGCAGAUUCCACUUGUGCAACUUCCAUUGAAGAUCGAUAUCAUCAAGCAUCCAAAUGAAACAGACGGCAAAAGCACCGCUGUGCACGCAAAGCUCCUGGCGCCCAACUCCGUGAGCAUCUACACAUACCCGUGCAUCCCCGAAUACGAAGGAAAGGACCAUGAGGUUGUACUUGUUUUUCCUGGGCCUCAGUCCAUCUCAAUAAAAGAUGUCUCUUUUCAUCUGCAACAAAGGAUUGAAAGUAAAAGUAGAAGCAAAGCUGAUGACCUUGAUGUGCCCCCCUUUAAACUCAAGAGGACUGAGGCGGAGGGGGGUCCGGCACUGAAAAGAGUGGUCUUUAUUGACAGCACCUGGAGCCAGACAAACCAGAUAACCUCUGAUGAGCGCCUUCGGGAGUUAUUACAAGUUGAACUGAAAACAAGAAAAACUUGCUUUUGGCGCCAUCAAAAAGGGAAGCCAGAUACUUUCCUUUCCACAAUUGAAGCCAUUUAUUACUUCCUGGUAGACUACCAUAGUGACAUGCUGAAAGAGAAAUACAAAGGACAAUAUGACAAUCUUUUAUUCUUCUACUCUUUUAUGUACCGCUUGAUAAAGAAUGCCAAGGACUCUGGAGAGAAGACAAAACCAAAGCUCAUCCAUUAGUUCUGCACACUCCGCUUGUCAUGUGCUGUCUAAUGUUCACAAACUGCAUGCAGCUGAGCCUGUUUGCUCUGGGAGUUAAUCAUGCUCAGUGCCUGUGAGAGGACUUGGGGAAAUUUCAAUUUUGUUCCUGUUACCAUAUUCUUUAAAGGAAAAUUUGAAUUUUGGUAAUUUUAAAGAGGUGGUCCUGAUUGAACGAUAAAGUUCAGAAGCUGCUUCUUCAGUGUGGGCAUAUAUUGUAUAUUUUAAUAUGUUUUGUUACAUUUAUGUGAUUGACAUUAUAUAUGAUUAGAGAUUGUCUUAUCUUUUCACUUAUACUGACCCUCACCUCUGGAUUUAAACAAAGUCAGGAUCUUUUGGCAAAACAAAAAAAAGUGAAACACAAUUUGCUAGAGUUUAUGACAGAUUGGCAGAGGUUUGUGCUGUCUCUGUAAGCCCACACUUCCUCCCUCUGCCUGGCGUCUGCUCUCAGAGAGCUUUGGCAUCAUGUGGUCUUGCAGGAGGGAUGUGCACAUGGCCUGUUUGGGAGAGUCAGGUGACCCAGGGCUAAGAGCAGGUCUGUUUUGGUGUGCUAGGGAUGUCAUACGAGAUGGAAUUUAUUUUUCAAGAGUGAGCAAUAUGGGGUUAAACUAAAUUUCUUCAUGUUUGAAACAUGCCUUUAGAAAUAAAGGUAAGCUUGAAUUGAUUUAAGGAGGGCAAAAUCUUGAUUGGGGCAGGACAGAGCGGGUGUAUGCUAAGUCUAUUGCCAUUUAUGCAGUUCUGCAGUUACCAGGCUGAAGAAACAGAGGAGAAUGAUCUGACCACUCAUUUGCCAUCUCACGGCAGGAAUAACGCACACACCUCAGAUGAGAGUAUUGCUUAGCCCGGCAGCAUAGGAUUCCUGUAGGAAUAAUGGACUGGCUGUAUUUGCCUUGUUUCUCUUUGCUGUGAUAAACUCUAAGAAUGGCCUUAAGCUGUUCUCCCUGUAUAAGGCCCUUCAGCCCUGCUCUUGUUGCUUUGAGUACCUCUCGCUCAGAAUCUGAGCCAUAAACAUUUCUAAGCUGG